CUGUGAGAAGGUUGGAAGAUGCUAACUCCACCCCAGACACUGAUGCCUCUCCUGCUUCUGCUGCUGCUUCUGCUGCUGGAUAUUCCGAGUCCUGUGAAAGCACAGGUCAAUCCGGCCAUCUGCCGCUAUCCUCUGGGCAUGUCAGGUGGGCAUAUCCCUGAUGAGGACAUUUCUGCUUCAAGCUAUUGGUCUGAAUCCACAGCAGCCAAGUAUGGGAGGCUGGGUUCAGAAGACGGGGACGGAGCGUGGUGCCCUGUGAGCCCUGUGGAGCCAGAUGACCUCAAGGAAUUCCUGGAGAUUGAUUUACAUGCCCUGCACUUUAUCACCUUAGUAGGGACCCAAGGCCGCCAUGCAGGUGGCCAUGGCAACGAAUUUGCUCCAAUGUACAAAAUUAAUUACAGCCGGGAUGGCACCCGCUGGAUCUCUUGGCGGAACAGGCACGGAAAGCAGGUGCUUGAUGGAAAUACCAACCCUUAUGACAUUGUUCUCAAGGACUUGGAGCCACCGAUCAUUGGUCGAUUUAUUCGCUUUAUCCCUGUGACUGAUCACUCCACCAAUGUCUGCCUCAGAGUGGAGCUCUAUGGUUGCGUUUGGCUGGAUGGGCUGGUUUCAUAUAGCGCUCCAGCAGGGCAGCAGUUGGUUCUACCUGGUGGCACCGUGAUUUACCUGAAUGAUUCAAUCUAUGAUGGUUACAGCAUGACGGAAGGACUUGGCCAGCUGACAGAUGGGGUUUCAGGCCUGGAUGAUUUCAGUCAGACCCAUGAAUACCACGUCUGGCUUGGCUACGACUAUGUCGGCUGGCGCAAUGAAAGCACCACCAAUGGCCAUGUGGAAAUCAUAUUUGAAUUUGACCGGAUCAGAAACUUCACCACCAUGAAGGUUCACUGCAACAACAUGUUUGCCAAGGGGGUGAAGAUUUUCAAGGAGGUGCAAUGCCACUUCCGCUCUGAGGCAAACGAAUGGGAGCCUAACACAAUCUCCUCAGUGCCGGUAUUAGAUGAUGUGAAUCCCAGUGCCCGCUUUGUCACAGUGUCCCUACACCAUCACAUGGCCAGUGCCAUCAAAUGCCAGUUCUACUUCGCUGACACCUGGAUGAUGUUCAGUGAGAUCACCUUCCAGUCAGAUGCAGCUAUGUACAACAAUUCUGGAGGCCUUCCUGACUCUUCAGUGACUCCCACUACUUAUGAUCCAACCCUCAAAGUGGAUGACAGCAAUACUCGCAUCUUGAUCGGCUGCCUGGUGGCCAUUAUCUUUAUCUUGGUAGCCAUCAUUGUAAUCAUCCUCUGGAGGCAGUUUUGGCAGAAAAUGUUGGAAAAGGCUUCUCGCCGGAUGCUGGAUGAUGAAAUGACCGUCAGCCUCUCUCUGCCCAGUGAGUCCAGUAUGUUCAACCACAACCACUCCACAUCGUCCAGUGAGCGAGAAUCCAACUCCACUUAUGACCGCAUAUUCCCCCUGGGUCCAGACUACCAGGAGCCAUCCCGACUGAUCCGCAAGCUGCCUGAAUUCACCCCAGGGGAGGAUGAGGCAGGCUGCAGUGGAGUGACCAAGCCAGCCCAGCCCAGCGGAGCUGAAGGGGUCCCCCAUUAUGCAGAGGCCGACAUAGUGAACCUGCAGGGGGUGACCGGCAGCAACACCUAUUCUGUCCCAGCGAUUACCAUGGACUUGCUUUCUGGAAAAGAUGUGGCUGUGGCUGAAUUUCCUCGGAAGCUGCUGACUUUCAAGGAGAAGCUGGGAGAAGGCCAGUUUGGAGAGGUCCACCUGUGUGAAGUGGAGGGAAUGGAGAAAUUUGUGGACAAGGGUUCUGUCCUGGAUGGCAACACAAGCCAGCCUGUCCUACUGGCUGUGAAAAUGCUGCGAGCUGACGCCAACAAGAACGCCAGGAAUGACUUCCUCAAGGAGAUAAAGAUUAUGUCCAGGUUGAAGGACCCCAACAUCGUCCGACUGCUGGCUGUCUGCAUCACUGAUGACCCUCUCUGCAUGAUCACGGAGUACAUGGAAAAUGGCGACCUCAACCAAUUCCUGUCUCGCCAGGAGCUCCAGAGCUUGUCAGAGAGCCCUACCCCAUCUAUCAGCUAUGCCAACCUGAAAUUAAUAGCUACGCAGAUUGCUUCUGGCAUGAAAUAUCUGUCUUCCAUGAAUUUUGUUCACCGAGACCUGGCUACACGCAACUGCCUGGUGGGGAAGAAUUACACCAUCAAGAUUGCUGAUUUUGGCAUGAGCCGGAACCUCUACAGUGGAGACUACUACCGGAUCCAGGGCCGGGCCGUGCUCCCCAUUCGCUGGAUGUCUUGGGAGAGCAUUCUCUUGGGGAAAUUCACCACGGCAAGUGAUGUGUGGGCAUUCGCUGUGACACUCUGGGAGACCUUCACCUUUUGUCGUGAGCAGCCGUAUUCUCAGUUGUCAGAUGAGCAAGUAAUUGAGAAUACCGGAGAGUUCUUUAGGGAUCAGGGGCGGCAGACCUACCUUCCACAGCCUGCAUUUUGUCCUGAUUCUGUAUAUAAGCUAAUGCUCAGCUGCUGGAGACGAGACACCAAGGACCGCCCCUCCUUCCAGGAAAUCCAUUGCCUUCUCCAAGAAGCAACCACUGUAUAGUGAUGCCUUUCCUUCAUACCCAAAUGCUAUGGACCAUCCCACCCCACCUGCCCUCCAAAACCUACAUGUAGAACUGAAGCCACUUCACCUGGACUCACCAUGUCCUUUAAUAGCAGAGCCGGGACUUGAAUCCGCCACCAAAGGAAAGGAAAGAGAGAAGAUGGGAUCCGACCAGGUCUGCCACAUAACCUCAUUCAAGGUGCUGUGUUUUGGACUGGCAAAGACUGAAAAAAAGUUAUUUAUCUUGUAAAUGGUUUAUGCAUGGAUUUUGUUUGUGAAAGGGAAGAAGAAAAACACAUUCUUUUUGCCAUGAGGAAGAACUUGAGAUGUAUCCUGGGAUUGAGGUGGGAAUAGGUACAAGUACUUAGCACUUCAAUACUUCAUGGCCAUUGCUGUGUGUAUGCUAUAGUUCUGUGGGAGUGCAGAAUAUGGUACUGGACACAGAAUUUGGCUUCUUCAGAAUCUCAGCUUUCACUACAACAGGUUUUUAGUCCUUAUUGCUACGUACAUAUGCUUGAAAGUGUAUGGACAAUGUUUCAUGAAAUCUCAAAAGCCAGAAGAGUUGCUGUGCAGAAAAGAACAACCACAAUUCUCAAGGAGUUGGAAUACUCCUUGGAGGGCAUGAGAUGCCACUCAUCUCGUUGGGGGGCAUGAGACUGGGGUGGGGCAUGAGGUUGGUUCAUAAAAAUAUGUAUGGUGUGGAAAAUAUGGAAAAAGAGUGGGUGGUAG